GUAACCUCAACUCCUGCCACAAUGUACAAAAUGCAACUCUUGUCUUGCAUCGUACUGACUCUCGCACUCGUCGCAAACAGUGCACCUACUACUUCAAGCUCUACGAAGGAAGCACAGCAACAGCUGGAGCAAUUGCUGCUGGACUUACAGUUGCUCUUGAAUGGUGUUAAUAAUUAUGAGAGCCUCAAACUCCCCAGGAUGCUCACAUUUAAAUUCUACAUGCCCAAGAAGGCCACAGAAUUGACUCAUCUUCAAUGUCUAGCAGAAGAACUCAAACUUUUGGAGGAAGUGCUAUAUUUAGCUCAAAGCAAAAACUUUCACUUGACAGACAUCAAGGAACUAAUGAGCAAUAUCAAUGUAACACUUCUGAAACUAAAGGGAUCUGAAACAAGUUUCAAAUGUGAAUAUGAUGACGAGACAGUAACCAUUACAGAAUUUCUGAACAAAUGGAUUACUUUUUGUCAAAGCAUCUUCUCAACACUGACUUGAUAAUUAAGCACCUCCUAUUUAAAUGUACCAGGCUUUCUAUUUAUUUAAAUAUUUAAAAUUUAUAUUUAUUUUUUGAUGUAUGGU